AUACGCUUUUGGUUUGAUUUCAACUGAGAUAUUUCAGUGUACAAAUUGUAUUGGGAUUUAGUACGCAUCAAAGCUUUGUGCCUGAAGUCCAGCUGCCUGAAUUCUGCCCCAGAUGGGUCCUGCUGACUGCUUUUCUGUGAUUGUAAGGUCCCACAGCUUCCACUGCUGGCAGAGAGCUUCCUAAACCUUCAGUAAAUUCAGUAGAGGCCAAAAAUAUUUUGCAUGGGUGUGAUUGCUGACUGUGACAGUCACGCAUUUGUCCGAUGUACCAGGCUUUAUACACUUGACCCCUGGUGCCUGGACAGAUGUGUGGGAAUGUCUUUCAUUGUGCCUCAUCGCGGAUAACCUAGAUUGACCUUCUAAUCUCUGCACUGAGUGUGAUCAAAACUCACCUUCUAACUAAAUUUCCUUCCCUUGCGAGAUCAGACGGUGUUGCUGUAAUUGGAAACAGGCCGGUCUCGUUAGCCGGUGUGGAGGCUGAAACGCUGUCUCCACAGCUGCAGACACUGACCCCGCGACUCUGCGAUGCCGCGCCUGUUCUCUUAAAGCUGGAGGUGAUCGGUAACGUGCGUUUUUUUUUCCCCCCGUGGGGCAGGGAGCUGACCCUGCGGUCUGUUAUCUGUCCCCCCCCGCGCAGUCGUUCGGCUGAGGAUGUCUGAUAAUGGGGAGGUGGAGGACAAGCCUCCCGCGCCACCCAUGAGGAACACCAGCACCAUGAUCGGAGCCUGCAGCAAGGACCAGUCCAAGCCUCUGCCUCCCAACCCCGAGGACAAGAAGAGGAAGGACCGCUCCAUCCGCUCCAUCCUCACGGGCGGAGGGGACAAGAAUAACAGGAAGAAGGAGCGGCCCGAGAUUUCUCUGCCCUCAGACUUCGAGCACACCAUUCACGUGGGUUUCGAUGCCUUUACCGGGGAGUUCACCGGCAUGCCCCAGCAAUGGGCCCGGCUUCUCCAGACCUCGAACAUCACCAAGCUGGAGCAGAAGAAGAACCCGCAGGCCGUGCUGGACAUUCUCAAGUUCUUUGACUCCACAGAGACAUCCAACAGCCAGAAGUACAUGAGCUUCACUGAGAAGAGCUCGGACAACCAUAGGUCUUCAAAUGUUCUGAGAAAAAAGACCCUUUCUGAGAUCCCUGCCAUUGCCACCCUCUCUGAGGAUGAAGAUGACGAUGAGGACGAUGAUGAAAGUGAGGCCACCACUCCGCCGGUGGUCGCCCCUCGACCAGAGCACACCAAAUCUAUAUACACUCGCUCUGUGGUUGAGCCCCUCCCCGCACCUCCCUCUAAAGACGCCACCACCUCACCCCCGACUAAGGACGCCUCCACCUCACCCCACACCAGAGAUGCGGCCACGUCACCCAUCUUUCCCACUGCGGAGAGAGUCAGCCCCAGUCUGCCCUCUUGCUCCUCCCCGUCCUCCGCCCCCGCCCUCCCCAGCAACACAGACAAGACCAAGAAGAAGAAGAUGUCAGAUGAGGAGAUUCUGGAUAAACUGCGAAGUAUUGUGAGUGUGGGUGACCCCAAAAAGAAGUACACCCACUUCGAGAAGAUUGGCCAGGGGGCCUCAGGAACGGUGUAUACAGCUAUAGAUGUUGCUACUGGGCAAGAGGUGGCCAUCAAACAGAUGAACCUGCAGCAGCAACCCAAGAAAGAACUCAUCAUUAAUGAGAUCCUUGUCAUGAGGGAAAACAAGAACCCCAACAUUGUCAAUUACUUAGACAGCUACUUGGUUGGAGAUGAGCUGUGGGUGGUCAUGGAGUACCUGGCUGGAGGCUCUCUGACAGACGUGGUGACAGAAACGUGUAUGGAUGAGGCACAGAUUGCCGCAGUGUGUCGGGAAUGUUUACAAGCCCUGGAGUUCCUGCAUUCAAGCCAGGUGAUUCAUCGAGACAUCAAAAGUGACAAUAUCUUGCUUGGGAUGGAUGGCUCUGUGAAGCUCACUGAUUUUGGCUUCUGCGCACAGAUAACCCCGGAACAGAGCAAGCGCAGCACGAUGGUCGGGACCCCUUAUUGGAUGGCCCCUGAGGUUGUCACCCGCAAGGCUUAUGGCCCCAAAGUGGACAUUUGGUCCCUGGGCAUCAUGGCCAUCGAGAUGAUUGAAGGGGAGCCACCAUACCUCAACGAGAACCCACUGAGGGCUCUGUAUCUCAUAGCGACCAAUGGAACUCCGGAACUACAAAACCCAGAGAGACUGUCCGUGAUAUUUCGAGACUUCCUGAAGUGCUGUCUGGAGAUGGACGUGGAGAGAAGGGGGUCAGCCAAGGAGCUGCUUCAGCACCAGUUCCUGAAGGCAGCCAAGCCCCUGUCUAGCCUCAUCCCCCUUAUUAUAGCCACCAAAGAGGCAACCAAGAACAGCCACUAGCUGCAGGAGCCUGGUUCUCUCCCACCAUCGCCCCACACCCACCUAUGGAAGCCAUGCCGCCAGCCACUAGACCCACCCCUAACUCAUGUGUCUAUUAUCUCUGGACUUCUGGUGCCUGUGUCAGUGUCAACCGUGGCGGGGGCAGCUAAAGACGAUAGGAAAUGAGACUAAGCAAGUCGUUCCCUGUCUAGAACACUUCAUCAUGGAUUUCAAGUGACUGUCAUUUAUCUCCUGAGCCCUACACUGUCCAUGUCUGUUUAUUUUCUCUUUGUUUAUCAGAAUGUAAUAUAUUAUCUUAUUCUUAUUCAAGUUUUUUUUUUUUGGUCUGAAAGAGAAUAGUUUUGAUAAAUGCAAUAUUUUUCAGUCCAGGUUGUUGGGCUUAAAUCAGGAAAAUCUCGCUCUGUCUCUCCCUCUCAUUCUCUCUCUUGUCCCCAUUCCUCCCUCUCUCUUAGACAUACACACACACACGCAAAACACUUUCUGCUUACAGUGGUCAAAAUGCCCACCUCAGAAGAGUCUCACUCUCUUUCUCACUCUAUUGAAUGACAGUGGCCUGUAUUCAAUCAACAGAAACAAAAGCAGUGCACUUGUUCUUCACAGUCUCAGUUUGGCAAGUUACUUUUAGAUUGCUAAACUGAGUUGGCAAAGAACACAAAUACAGAUUUGCAUUUAUUUAUUAGGCAAAGGACUCAUAUCAAUUGAAUGCAGGUCUGUGUAAUUGUAAUCAGUGGGAUUGAUGAAGCAUAACAAAACUGAUUUGACUGUCCCGAUUUUUUUAAAGUGCUUCUGUUAUGUAGUGUAAACAUACCUGCAUAAACUUUAUCACUAGACAUCCAGUGGCAGUCAAUGUUUAAAGUGUGUAUGGAUUGCCACACUGGACGGAAAUAGUCUUCCACGUAUAUCAUAAAAAACUUUGUUGUAAUUAUUUACAACAACAUGGUUUGUGGCAACCCAAUUUCUAAAUGUACCACACAAUAGAAUACAAUACAGUAAUUUUGUAUAUAUAGUCAAGCAGUGCUUCUGUGUGUUUCCCCAAGAAAAGUCUAAAGGAAACCAACAUGAGCGCUUGGAAUAUGCCAGUCAUUGUAAUGAGCCCAUUGAAGAGAAACACACUACAGUCCCAAGACCUAGAUGAAAGAAUUUGAGUUUUCUGUGGAAAAUUGCAAAAUUGCUCAAAUGCUUAUAAUCGUAAAACAGAAUCUGAAACACGAUUGAACCUCACAGUAUGGUGUAGCUCAUGUAGAUUAGAUUGUUUGUUGAACAUCACAGUAUGUUGUAGCUCAUGUAGAGUAGAUUAUUUGUUGAACAUCACAGUGUGUUGUACUUCAUGUAGAGUAGAUUAUUUGUCUUAUUCAUAAUUUGUUUUAGCAUGUGCUCCAUCACUGUGGAAUUUGAAUCGUAUUGUUUAAUUUUUAAUGAAAAAGUAGACAACUGUUUAUAGCUUAUGGCAAACUGUGCCAUUCAUUGAAUGUGUGUGUGUGUCUGAAUGCAUGUGUGCAUGCACGUACGUGUUUUCAUGUCUGCGUGUGUGUAUGAGAGAGGGAGAGAGAGAGAGAGAUGUUUAUGAAUGUGCUGAAGAAUAUUAGCUGAACUUUGAUUUUGGACUUGAUGGGAAAACAUUCACAUAAAAUUAGCUUUCCAUUGCAACUGCUGUAGUGGAAAACAAAAUAAUUGUGAUUUGUCAAAAACUGCUGUCAUACUGCCAUGGACAUACAAAUCAAAUACAAAUACACAGAAGAACAAGAUUUAUAGCAUGCAGCUUUACGUUGCGGGUUGUGACUGUAUCCCAACUUCUAGCACCCAGCAACUGUGCUCCAGUGCAGACAAAAUGUCUCCUCUAAAUUCUGCGGACUUUUCCAGUUUUCCUUCAUUAUAGACGUCCUGAAAGGAUGAGGUCACUAGUGGUGGCCUUGGCAGAUUGACUGUGAGCUGCGUGAAUUAGUUCUUUACUUUGAAAGGUGAUAGCAUUACAGUACAUCCCUGUGUGUUGCCAAUGGCCUCUGGAAUGCCACCGUCAUUGGGGAGUGCCACCGUUGCUUCCGGGUUUUCUCAUUUUUGUCCCAAGAUCGAUCGUCAGUUAGAUUGAUUGUUCAUCUCAAAUAAAGACACGCCCAUGCUCAAGAGGUUCAGCAACGGAUGCCCUGAGGUGGCGGUUGCACAGCGCUAGGACUGGUCAGGUGAUAAAAAUGAAUUGUAUUGAAAGGCUGCAAGGCCAACUGAGUCUGCAUUAACUACUGUAAUGCCAUGUUACCGCUUGAAUCCGAUUUUUCUCGACUGGCUGUGUGGUUUACUGUGGCUGAACUAGCUGAUUCACUGUCAGCCUGCUUUCAGUGUUCAUUAUUUAUGGAGUCAUUUAAAAUAAAAUAAAGAAUCAACUGUU